CAUAGGACAACACCGUGCUGACACAGACGAGAACACUUCUCUUCAUAAGUCACUGCACUUUGGACAGUUUUUACAAUGGACUUAUUCAACUCAGCUCUUGGGAAAAAUAUCACUUUUGUGCAUCCGGAAUAUUUCAUAAUAAGUGGGUUAUCUGGCAUUCCAAAUAUAAAACAUUACUACCUCUUUCUCUUUUUUGUUUAUAUUGUUUCAGUGCUUGGAAACACAGCUGUGAUGGCCGUAAUAUACUUGGAUCAUAAUCUGAGAACUCCAAAAUAUGUCGCAGUCUUUAAUUUAGCAUUUGUGGACUUGUUUGGUAACUCAGCUCUGGUGCCAAAGGUUCUUGAUGUCUUCCUGUUUAAUCACCACCGCAUCCCCUACAACGACUGCUUGACGUACCUUUUUUUCUGUUACACCUGCCUUUCAAUGCAGUCAUUUAAUUUGGUUGCACUGUCCUAUGACAGACUGGUGGCCAUAAUUUUUCCACUGCACUAUCAAGUUAAAGUGACUCACAGAUUAAUGCUGUCUAUGAUUGCAUCUUUCUGGGUCUUUGUUAUAAUUGCUGUACUGAUUGCGGUUGGCCUUAUUACAAGACUUUCCAUCUGUGAGUCUGUGGUUGUUAACAGCUAUUUCUGUGACCAUGGUCAGAUAUACCGGCUUUCAUGCAAUGACCAUUUCCCUAAUUAUGUCCUUAGUUGUUUAUACCCACUUCUUCUUUUCUGGCUUCCACUUGUUUUUAUCUUGGUAAGUUACCUUUAUAUUGGCUGUACUUUGGCUAAAGUGGCCACAUUUCAACAGGGACUGAAGGCCUUUAAAACCUGCAUAGGUCAUCUUUCAUUGGUGGCAAUCUAUUUCAUCCCACUGUUAAUCACCUUUACCUUGAUGGAAAAAAUACAUCCAAAUGCCAGGAUCAUAAACCUGUCUCUGACCUCUGUCUUCCCUCCCAUGUUGAAUCCAAUUAUUUAUGUUCUGCAGACACAAGAAAUCAAAGAAUCUUUGAAAAGGUUAUUAAAAAUCAGAGGGAAAUCCAAAAUAACAAUGAAAAAAAUGACCACAAUGUAACCAUAAUGUGAAUUCAUUCAACAAUGAUUUCCUUAUCAUGACAAAGCUGGAAAUCAUCAUCACCAUUUUUAAAGAUAACAAACACAAAUAACUACAAUGCAUUUAUUUGCUUGUUUUUGUCCUUAUUUGUUAGCAGUUUUUUUAAAAAGCAGAAUGUCUGAUUUGUUAUUUUUCAUUUGAGAGAUUUAUAGAAUAAAAAGCAGCGUGAACUAAAAUCAUUCUCUACAGAGUAACAUUUUGUGAGAAAUACCUUAAAGAUGCAUUUUUUAUUUAUUUUUUAUUGUUUCAAAUCAACAAUUGUGCAAACAAGUUGUUGUGAUCAAACAACGAUGUGUCUACACUUUACCUUGAACUAUCCAGUCUACUGUGUAUCUGUAUCUGUAAUUUUAUUUUGUGUUAAUUUGAAGUCAUUGUGAUCAAACAAUUUUUGCCUCUCCAUAUUAGGUCUAUAUACUAGUGUUUGUACUGUAUGUCUGAAGUCAAUGAUGAAAGAAAUCUUUCAUUGCAAUGAGAUU